AUGGUAACCAAGGAUUUGAAUGCUGAGCAAGGAGUCAUGAUGAUAUCAGCUCAAGUCAGUGCUAUUAUUCAGAACAAGAUCCCAGAAAAACUUCCUGAUCCAGGUAGUUUUGUUCUUGAUUGUACCAUCUUCACUGACCGAUUUGCUAGAUCUUUGUGUGAACUUGGUUCUAGUGUCAACUUAAUGCCAAGAUCAGUAGCUCUCAGCUUGGGAAUGACAGACUUCAAGCCUACCAAGAUCACUCUAAUCCUUGCAGAUCGGUCAAUUCGUAUUCCUGAUGGUGUUCUUGAGGGUGUUCCAAUUAAGAUUGGAGAAUGCUUGAUACCGACUGAUUUUGUAGUACUUAAAUAUGAAGAAGAACCUAAGGACCCUCUCAUUCUGGGAAGAUCAUUUUUAGCCAUUGCUGGAGCUAUUAUUGAUGUCAAGAAAGGUCAGAUUGGUCUUAAUGUGGGUGAUCUACAAAUGCGCUUUGACAUGGAUAAGCUGGUUAAGAGGCCAACCAUUGAUGGACAGAGAUUCUAUGUGGACACAUUGUCUAACCUUGCUGAAGAGAUAUUCCAGGAGUUGCAUCCUGAGGAUCCACUAGAGAGAGCAUUGGUUGCUUCUGCUGAAAAGGUUGAGCAUCUAGAUGACAUUGCUGCUGGUAUAAAGAAAGCUCCAAAGCUUGAUCUCAAGCCACUUCCUGCUGGUUUAAGAGCUCACUUUAUUGCUAAGCAAGUUGCGCAAGUUUCGCAAACCUCUUGCGCUAUUCUCUUGAUGAUAUUGCAGGAAUCUCUCCAGACUUGUAGGAGGCUGAAUCCGAAUUUGCAAGAUAUUGUCAAGAAAGAGAUCAUGAAGCUGCUGAAUGCUGGAAUCAUCUAUCCGAUAUCUGACAGCAAUUGGGUUAGUCCGGUACAUGUUGUUCCUAAGAAAGGUGGAGUAACAGUGGUGAAGAAUGACAAGAAUGAGCUGAUCCCUACAAGGACAAUCACUGGUCAUCGGAUGUGCAUAGACUACAGGAAGUUGAAUGCUGCAACCCGAAAAGAUCACUUCUCGCUUUCUUUAAUUGAUCAGAUGUUGGAGAGGUUAGCUAAUCAUCCAUACUACUACUUUUUGGAUGGUUAUUCCGGGUUCUUUCAAAUUCCAAUUCAUCCUGAUGAUCAAGAGAAAACCACUUUCACUUGCCUAUAUGACUUUAUGGAGGUAUUCAUGGAUGACUUUUCAGUUUAUGGAUCUUCUUUCAAGAACUAUUUAGACAAUUUAUGCAAGGUGCUAGCAAGAGAUGGCAUAGUGCUUGGCCACAGGGUUUUAGAAGCUGGAAUAGAGGUUGACCGCGCUAAGAUAGAGGUGAUGACAGGUCUUCAAUUGCCAGAAAAUGUGAAGGCGGUAAGGAGUUUUCUUGGGCAUGUAGGAUUCUAUAGGAGAUUCAUCAAAGAUUUCAGCAAGAUAGCUAGACCACUUUCUGCUUUGUUGUGCAAGGAUGUCAAGUUUGAAUUCACUGAUGAGUGUAGGAUAGCCUUUGAAAGGAUUAAGCAAGAGCUUGUGAGUGCUCCUAUUGUUCAGCCACCAGAUUGGGAUCUACUAUUUGAGGUUAUGUGUGAUGCUAGUGACUAUGCAGUGGGAGCAGUGCUGGGACAGCGAAAAGACAAGAAGCUUCAUGCAAUCUACUAUGCCAGCAGAACACUUGAUGAUGUACAAAGAAAUUAUGCAACAACAGUGAAAGAGUUGUUGGCGGUUGUGUUUGCUUUUGAAAAGUUCAGGAUUAGAAUUGAUGAUGAUGUCCCAAUAAAAGACUGUUUGCCUGAAGAACAUGUCUACUUUGUGGAUACUGGAUUUCGGCCUGAUGAAACGAAGAAGGUAGAACCAGAUAAUUUCACUGGCUAUAACAAGAAGAGGUUCAUGAGAGAGCUUAGGAGAUACUAUUGGGAUGAACCUUACUUGUAUAAGCAUUGCAGUGAUGGAGUUUACAGAAGAUGCUUAGCAGAGACUGAGGUACCUGACGUUUUGUUUCAUUGUCCUGGAUCUGACUAUGCAGGACAUUUUGCUACAUUCAAGACAGUGUCCAAGGUUCUCCAAGCAGGCUUUUGGUGGCCAACAAUGUUCAAAGACGCUCAUGAAUUUGUCACGAAAAGCGAUGCUUGUCAAAGGGAAGGUCAAAUCAGUAAGAGGAAUGAGAUGCCACUAAACUUCAUUCUUAAAGUUGAAGUAUUUGAUUGCUGGGGUAUUGACUUUAUGGGACCGUUUCCAUCUUCUUAUAAGAACAACUACAUCCUCGUUGCUGUUGAUUAUGUCUCAAAGUGGGUUGAAGCGGUUGCAUGUCCAAAGAAUGAUUCUGCAGUGGUUCUUAAGCUGUUUAAGACCAUUAUCUUUCCAAGGUUUGGGACUAGUGGGCAAGUAGAAGUUUCCAACAGGCAGAUUAAGGAGAUUCUUGAAAAGUCAGUUGGUGUUACAAGGAAGGACUGGGCUAUGAAGCUUGAUGAUGCACUUUGGGCAUAUAGAACUGCUUAUAAAACACCACUUGGCACCACACCUUUCCAUUUGCUUUAUGGAAAAGCAUGUCAUCUUCCGGUGGAGUUAGAACACAAGGCAGCCUGGCUGUUUCCCGGAAAACUCCGUUCCCGUUGGUCUGGUCCUUUUACUAUCCAAGAAGUUAGACCAUAUGGAGCCAUUGUGUUGCUGAAGUCCAAAGGAGAGAAGUUCACUGUUAAUGAUCAAAGGGUGAAACAUUAUUGGGCACAUUGUGCGUUUGAACGGACACAUUGUGCGUUUGAACAUAUUGAUGAUCAAGCCGAGAUACCAGACGGACACAUUGUGCGUUUGAACAAAGCACCCUCCGCCUAA